AUGGCAAACGUUUUUUCCGUGCAGGUGUUCUUUAUUGUCUUUCGGGAAUGUCUCGAGGCAGUCAUCAUUGUCUCUGUUCUUCUGUCUUUCCUGAAGCAAUGCUUGGGUCAGCCAGGCCAGGAUCAGGCGGUCUAUAAACGACUGCGAAAGCAGGUUUGGAUGGGGUCAAUCAUAGGAGUGAUAUGUUGUCUAUGUAUCGGAGCCAUCUUCAUUGGCCUCUUUUACGGCCUGGGUCACGAUGCUUGGGCAGACUCGGAGGAGUUGUGGGAAGGUAUUUUUUAUCUGAUUGCCACGAUCAUGAUCACCAUCAUGGGCCUUGCUCUUCUACGGAUUAACAAGACCAGGGAGAAGUGGCGCGUCAAGAUUGCGAAAUCUCUGGUCGAAAAGAAGGAAGGAAAGUCACGGUGGAUGCGGAGUGACUGGGGUCGUCGCUAUGCCAUGUUCAUCUUACCCUUCAUCACAACCAUGCGUGAGGGUGUUGAAGCUGUGGUCUUUGUUGGUGGUGUAUCCCUUGGAUACCCUGCUACUGCUUUCCCUCUGCCAGUCAUUACUGGCAUCAUGGCCGGAUUGCUCGCCGGUUGGUUGAUUUACCGCGGAGGAAAUGUCAUGUCGAUCCAAAUCUUCCUUAUUGCUUCAACCUGCGUUCUCUACCUCAUUUCGGCUGGUAUGUUCUCCAAGGCCAUCUGGAGCUUGCAGUACUAUCAGUUCGUGGUCGGAGUGGGCAGUGAUGUUGGUGAAACGGGCUCCGGCCCCGGCUCCUACAAUAUCCUCCAGACCGUCUGGCACGUCAACUGUUGCAACUCCGAGAUUGAUAAUGGCUGGGACAUCUUCCAGUCUAUCCUGGGAUGGCAGAAUACCGGUACCUAUGGAUCUGUCAUUGGAUACAAUGUCUACUGGCUAUUUAUCAUGGCUUGUAUCGCCUGGAUGCUGUAUGAAGAGCGUACCGGCCGAGCUCCCCUUGCAACCAGCUUCUGGGGCUUGAUGAUGCAUGUGCCAGGCUUCAAGAAUAUUGCCAAUAAGAAGUUGAGAGCAAUGGACUUCAAUGAUGAUACUGCGGUGCGACAGAUCAAUUCGACGAUGUUCCAUGACUCCAUUGUGGUGACUGAGACGGUGGAACCCAACAAAUGA